CAACUCGUGUAUCGUCGUCUCGUCUCCUCCGCCUCCGUCCCUGCAUAAACCCCACCCGCCUCCGCCGGCGCCGCCUCCCCCUUUCCCCUCCGGCCCUAGGCAGUGGUAAACAUCUGGAGGCCGCGCGGUGCGAUUCGUCGUCACCUCCUCCCCUUCUUACAUCUACUCGCUGAUGACAAGGAAGGCCGCCGCCAAGAGCCCCAGCGGCGGCGGCAGGGAGACUAGAAGCUCCUCUGCUCGUCAUGCACCCUCACCCAUCCUCAGGAGGUCCACCCGAGAAACAAGAGCCAACAAAUCCAGGCUUUCUUCUCCGCCUAAGCCUUCGCACCCUAAUAAAUCCUCUCCUUGUGCAAAGAAGCUCAAAGCCUCCGCCACCGCCACUACCACAAGAGAGAAUCCUGCUAAACGGAAAUCAACAACGGAUGUACACCAAUCACCACCUGAGAUGAAUGCAGAUACCACCAAGGCUGAGUCUGCUUCCACCAGGCCACACAAGAAGCGCAAAAGGUUAAACGCAAAGAGCUAUUUAGCACUCUUCUCAUCGCCGGAUGAAAAGGUCAAAUCCCCUUCCCCCGUUCUUGCUACUCCUCCUAGAGUGGAUGACCAAAAUGUUUCCAAGGUGCAUGUGGAAGACAAUGGCGCUGCUCUGAGCCAUGAAGAAGUUGAUGCACAAGAGCAAGAUAAUCAGGCAUGCUUAAGUGAGGUUGCCAAUAAAGUUGAUGAACAUGCUUCCACUUCAGAGCCACAUAUGCCUAUUGAUAUGCGUCCGCAAAGCAGCCCUGCCAUGGAAGCCAGAGAGCAAAAUGUGGGAUGUUCAAACCCAAGUUUUGUGACAGAGUUGUCAAAUAGGCCUUGCCCCACAAGUCAUCAAGAAGAGGCCAAGAAGGCAAUUGAAGAUGGUGAUUCCAGUGAGACCCGAGGGGCUUCUACUUCCACUUCAAGUCAGGCUUUGGGAAUCCAGCCUGAUGAAACAGAUUGCAAGUACAUGUGUGCUGCUUGCAAACGUAGUGAAACCGUAGGAAUUCUUAAGUCUUGCGAUGGAGAAGGUUGCAAAAGUUGGUACCAUGAUUCUUGUCUGAAUCCUCUCUUGCAAUAUGUUUCGCUGGGUAUCUGGUUGUGCACCAGAUGUACUAAAAAGAGGAUCCAGUUUGGUUUGGAUGCAGUCAGUGAGGGCAUUGAAUCAUUGUGGGAUGUCAAGGAGGGAGCGCAGAACAGCAAGCAGUAUUUUGUGAAGUACAAAAAAUUGGCUCAUGUACAUAAUCGGUGGGUUCCAGAAAGCAGUAUAAUUCAUUGCACCCCAGGAGGUCAUGAUCUCAUCACCAAGUUUUCUAAGAGGAUUCUAAAAGAAAAGACAAUAAGGUGGAAGCAGGAAUGGGCUGAGCCUCACCGCCUAUUGAAAAAAAGAUCACUUAUGCCUCAAAAAGAAGCCGAUGAAUUUUUUAAUUGUCUUGGUGAUAAAUAUGCUUAUUGUAAUGUUGAAUGGUUAGUCAAAUGGAAAGAUCUGGGCUAUGAGCAUGCAACAUGGGAACUUGAAACUUCAUCAUUUUUAUGUACCCCUGAGGCUAAGGAUCUGAAAAGGAACUAUGAGAACCGCCACGCAGAUGCAAGAAGAGGUUCUGAUCCUGCAAAAAUAAAAAAGGUUAAGCAAAGUCCGUUUCAGAAACUUCAGAGGCUGCCAGAUGGGUUACCCCCUGGAUUAGACAAAGAUCAUUUGAGUUCGCUUAACCGGCUUCGUGCAUUCUGGCACAAUUCUGAUGGCGCUAUUUUUCUUGAUGAUCAGGAACGGGUGAUCAAGACCAUUCUUUUUGCAAUGUCCAUAUUGCCUGAUGUCUGCCAACCACUUCUCAUUAUCUCAACUUCUUCUUCUCUCUCGUUGUGGGAAGCUAAGUUCAAUCGCUUGGCACCAUCCAUCAAUGUUGUUGUGUAUAAUGGAGAGAAAGAUGUACGGAAACAGAUUCAAAAUUUGGAGUUUUAUGAGAAUGGUUCGGUGAUGUUUCAAGUCCUCUUAUCUCACCCUGAUGCGAUCCUAGAGGAUAUUCAAACCAUGGAGUGCAUUGUUUGGGAGGCAGUCAUGGUUGACGAUUGUCAAAGCUCAAGAGUUUCCAAAUGUCUUGAACAUCUUAAGCGUCUCUCUACAAAUUUUAGGAUGGUUCUUUUGAGUUCGCCACUAAAGGAAAGUAUUCCUGAGUAUGUCAACCUGCUAACUUUCCUCAACCCUGAAGGAAAUGACAUUUUGUGUAGUUCAAAUGGAGACUCUACUGAUACAGGUGGUGUCCUAGCAAUGCUGAAAGAAAAAUUCACUCGUCAUGUUGCAUUUGAGCGGAAAGCAGAUUCUUCAAAAUUUUUGGAGUAUUGGGUUCCUGUUCGCCUUUCACGAGUGCAGCUAGAAUUGUACUGUUAUACCUUACUUUCAAACUCCCCAGCACUCCGAUCACAUUCAAGAACUGAUAGUGUUGGUGUUCUUCGUGACAUUCUUGUAUCCCUACGGAAGUGCUGUGACCACCCAUAUCUUGUUGAUCAAUCACUGCAAAACUCACUUACUAAGGGCCAUCCUCUGACUGAUAUUCUAGACAUUGGAGUGUGUGCAAGUGGCAAGCUACUCCUGCUUGAUAAAAUGCUCCAAGAGAUCAAGAACCAAGGACUGAGAGUCAUCAUUGUUUCCCAGUCUGGUGGCGGAGCUGGCAACCCUAUGUGUGACAUUUUGGAUGAUUUUGUCCGCCAGAAAUUUGGUUUUGAGUCAUACGAGCGUGUAGAACGUGGAUUGCUAGUGCCAAAGAAACAAACAGCACUGAAUAUGUUCAAUGACAGAACUAAGGGCCGAUUUAUUUUCUUGAUUGAUAGUCGUGCUUGUGUUCCAAGCAUUAAAUUAUCAUUUGUUGAUGUCAUCAUCAUAUAUUGUAGUGAUUGGAAUCCAACGAAUGACAUGAGAGUUCUUCAGAGGAUCAGUAUAGAGUCACAAUCUGAAUGUGUGCCUGUUUUUCGCCUGUAUACCUCUUGCACGGUGGAGGAAAAGACUCUUAUACUCGCAAAGCAUGAUCAUAUUCUUGAUAGCAACAUCCAGAAUAUAAUGCCCAUCGUGAGCCAUUCCCUACUUAGUUGGGGUGCAUCGUUUCUCUUCAAUAGACUUGAGGAGUUCCAAAAGCAUGACUCCUCCAGUAAAGAUUGUGAGGCUGACGAUCUCUUCAUGAAUAAUAUUUUUUUGGAGUUUGUAGCAAAAUUGUCCACCAAGGUUGAAGCCAGCUCAAAAAUGGACAAUGCAGCCAUUUCCCGAGCUCAUCAGUGUGGAUCAAUUUAUUCAAGGGAAAUUGCUGUUAUAAGUGAGAGGGACGGAAUCUCUGCAGUUGAUGGCGAUUUGCCAAAGUUCUGGACCUUCUGGUUAAAUUUAUUAGAUGGGAGGUCUCCUAAUUGGCAAUAUAUAUCUGAACCAGUGCAAAGAAACCGUAGGAAGAUACAAAAUAUGGAAGACCAAACGAGAGUACCUGCAGAAGAAACUGAUGAAACAAUAAUGAGACGAAGAAAAAUCGGAGACAUCAUGGACUCAUCUCCGGAGGUCAUACUGGCUGAAGACAAGGAUGCUGUGUUGCCUGAAAACAACACAUCAUCCAGUUCUCAUCAAACAUCAGUUGAUGACACAUGGCAGGAGCUAGGGGCAGAAAGCCUUCAGGGCACACAGAAGGGUCUUCACACCCAACUCAAGCCAGAGCUGUCAAAGUUAUACGAACUGUUGGAAUUGCCGGAGACUGUCAAAUGCUUGUGUGAGGAAUUACUCGAUUAUAUUUUGAAGAAUCAUCAAGUCAGUCAGGAGCCACAAGGCAUAUUGCAUGCAUUCAACAUUGCCCUGUGUUGGCGUGCUGCUUCUCUCUUAAAGCAUAAGAUCAAUCGUAGAGAGUCACUUUCCCUUGCUGUGAAAAACCUGAACUAUGAGUGCGAUGAAGUGCUCGCUGAGUUUGUUUAUGAAAAGCUAAGGAUCCUAAAGAAAAAGUUUUCACGCAGAGCAAGCGAAACAAACAAGCAGAGCCAAUUUACUCCAGUAAACAACACAUCACCUUACCACCAACAGACCUCACCUAUAUCGAGAAGUGACGGAUCAUUUCCUAAGCAGGUAACAACCACUGAUGGUAAUUUGGAAAAUGCUUCACAUCAAGAGGCUCCACAUGAUAUUUUGACUGAGGAGAUGGUAUUGGGACAGAAGGAACAGAUAUCUGUUCCAGAAACACAUAAAGAACAACAUUGUUCAAGGGAUGAACUUAACAGAGUCACAGAGAAAAGAAUUAAUUUAAUUCACAUGGUUUUCUCCUCAAGAGAAAAGAAUAUUUGUGAUAAACAAGCAAAUGAGGCCUUAAUAUUAGACAUGCACAAGCAAAAGGAAGUGGCGAAACUGCGAGAAACAUGCAAUUUAGUUAUGGAAUAUCUUCGUAAAAGUCAUGCUGAUUCAGGGGACAGGGAUAGUGCAGUGAAGCCAGUAAUUGAAUGGUUUACUAUGCUUCUAUAUGCUUUUUUGGAUCACAUGAGAUGCCAACGUAACAAGCUGAAGAUGCAGCAAUCAACUGCAUGGACCAAGGAGUUACAAUUGAAGGAAAAGUUCCUCCAGGAAGCAAAAUCUGGCCAUUUAGAUCGUACCUUUGAUCAACAAAUUCCUUUACCAGAUUUACACUUCACUUUGGAGGAAUUCAGUCACUUCAAGGAAAUAGUUGGUGAUCACCCAGUUGGUGCAGCUACUUCAGAAAAUUGUCAGAAGUCUUUGGCAUUGGCCAUGGAAAUUACAUUGGUUCGGAGUGUCAUUCCAUCUGAAGUCGUGAAUUCAGCAGGAGGGAUAAACGAGGCUGUUGAAGUUCCUGUCCAAACGGAAAGAAGACCGACAUCAGAAGUUGGGUUGUCACAGAACAGACUAGACAAUAAUAGCUCUGAUGGCAUUGACUCACAAGGAGGGUCAUCUAUCACUGUUCAACAUCCAUUAAGUUCUAAUCCUGACAAUUCAAAUAAUUGGGAAUCUCCAGUUGAUGGCCAUAGAAGUGAACAGAAUGUUGCAGUGGAAGUUAAUACCAAUGAUAGUGACCCUACUCUCGCCGAUACACAUCAGUUAGAGCCACCAACUGUGGCUGCUCUUCCCAGCCAGAAUGCCUUGCCAAUGGCUAGGGAGGUCCAAAUUCAGACAACCCAUGGAAUUCAGUCUUCCCAGCAGAAUAUAGUGCCAGGACAAUCUCCACAAGAUGGACAAGAAAGUUCACCUGCUGUAAUAUCAGCUCAGCCUUUGCAACCUGAAAUGCGGCCAUCAAGUCCAGUAUCUAAUAUUCUGCUUGACAGAACACACCCUGAUCAGCGUCAACAAACACAUCAGCCAGAGGCUGCACCUAGUUUGGCGGAUCCAGCACAAUUCUUUCCUGUGGCAUCACUGAUGUAUAAUCACCCACCAGUUGGCAAUGAACCACUGAAAAAUGAGCUGCACAGAUUACAAUUGCACAUAGAUGCACUUAAUAAAAUCUACGAACUGAAGAAAUCACAACUUCAAACUGAGUGCAGCCAAGAAAUCGAGAAGAUAAAACAAAAGUAUGACUUGUUAAUUAAAGAACAAGAUUCCAUUCACCAUCAUCACAGGAAGACACUUAAUGAUUUAUACGGGAAAGUCCUCCUAAACCAAUCACUAGCUGAUGAUUUUCGGGUCAAAUUCAUAUCAACAUCUGCAGCUCAAGCCAGAGCUGUUUCUCCUCCAAUUCGCCAGGCAACUCGCCAGACAGCUGGGGCAUCUCAGCAAGUACCACCUAGGCCUUUAGUGGUUGGAUCGGUUGCACCGCCUGUCACUUCAUCAUCAGCUGGUCGAUCAUCACUGCUGAGACAUUACGCUCAACCAUCGGCAGCAAAUUCAUCAUCGCCGCCUUCACAAGUUGCCCGCCCUUCCCCAGGAAUAGUGGGCACCACUGUGAGAGCAGCAUCAACUCCAUUUAGUCACAAAGCUACAGCACGCGGAAACUAUGGAGUUCGGAGUGAAGUAGCACGGGCGCCAGCUCCUCAUCUCCAGUUCAGGCUGCCCCGAGCACAUUCCACGGCACCUGCAAAUCAGCAGCUCCCAACUAGGCUGGGGAGCACAUCUCCAAGGACACGGCCGGCUCCAUUGGCCACUCCAGUAAACGCAAGACAGUUGAGUUCGCAAGCAGUUUUGCCAGUGCAUCAUAGUUCGUCAUCCUCAAGCUCACACCCUGUGCUGUCAUCGGUGUCGAGCGCACGUCCAGCCUUGGCAGUAAAUUCAAGUCCAAGCCCAGUUUUGAGUGCAGCCGGUGUGCUGUUGCCGGCAAGUACGCACCCACUUGAGUCGGCAGCAUCUUCGCAGCAAUCAACAGCUACUAAUCCGAAUGCAGGGGUGCCGUCAGGUUUGCCUGUCGUGGGCGCAGGUUUGAGUACGUCCGUGUCGGGGAUGCAUCAGCAGAUGAAUUCAGACUCAGUGUCGCUGGAUGCAUGGCUUACAUCCAAUCUUGGGCUGAACAUGGGUGACGCCAAUCGCAUGGAUGAUGGCGGCGUAGUAGAUGUGGUGUGCUUGUCCGACGACGAACCGGAGCAGUAGAGGAAGAGUGAGGGAGGGCUACUGUACUGACUAACAACAGCUAAAGCUAAAAAAGAUGGGAGACCCGACCUGACAAGUUGUUUUAUUCUUUUCCUUGUUACUAGUCAGUCCAGUCCACUUUGAGCUUUCGUCGUCUCCUCCUCCUCACGGUGUCUCCUCUUUCUCCCUCCCAUACUGUAUUCAAGCUGUGUAGUUUGUUGUAAAUGCUACUAGUAGUAGCUCUUAACCAACCAAGUAACUGGGGAAUUAAGCAUGGUAACCUGGGUUUGGUUUCUCCUUUCUUGGUUGGUUACUAGGAGUAGUGUACUUGUAUAUAUACCCCUUGCCUAAUCCAAGCCCAUGCUACGUUCUUCCAAUUUAUC